AUGGGUGCACAGUUGGUAUCAGUAACUGCCGUCAGCACGAUAGGCCGGCAUCCACCACGUCGGAAAAAGGCAAAAAAGAAGCAACAGAAAAAACAAAAGCGGAAGCACAAAGGCAAGAAGCCCCACAGGGCUAAAAAAGAAGGUGCACCAGUUAGGAACUUGAAGAAUGCUACGAAGGUUGAACACAGCUACAGCAGUAAGCACCCUAUCAAGGCCUUAACAAUUGGGUCCCUUAAGGCCUCCAUGGCAAGGAAAGGCGGACUGGACGCAGAUGAAAGGGAUAAUAUUGCAAGCCAGAUCCGAGGGGCAGUUGUUGUCCUCAACCGACUACGCCGACAUGCAUACUGGGCGAUUGCCUUGGACAUUGAAAGGAUCAUGCGGUUACCAGGGGCAGCAAGGUCGAGGAAAAAGGCACUGGACGAGGUCUUGGAUAGCAAUGAUUAUUCCUUCCGACUCGCCACCCUUCUUUUAAGCGGUCAAGGUGGGCCCCAAUUCAGCUUACGCGAGGGCAAAAAAACAAGGUUUGAUGUCGAGAAAACAAACGAAGAUAUGAGCGACAUUGAGUUUUUUUUGCGGGAGAACAAAAAAGUGAAAAAAUACUCAGACUUUCCUACGUCCUCCUGGUCACCCGGGUAUGUGUAUCUGUCUGAACACGCCCUAGUUGACAUCCUCUGGGCGAACGAAGAUACCAAGCAGCUACUGGAGCGUAUUCUGCCUCUCGACAAUCCUUCCAAGACUGCAAUGUUUGAGUGUGUACAGGGAACAAAAGGGGUUUUGAUUCAGGCUCUCUUUUGUGACAUUGGAGGCGAUCACAUGGUUCUUGGAUAUCGAGACAAAGUAUCCCUGCAGUCACAGGACAAAGAGCUAACUCGGUUCAAACUCAAAGGGACGAUUUCUACCAACGGUCUAGUUCUGAAUCUACUUGCCUAUGACACAACCCAGACGAAGAGACAGCAGCAGUCUGACGUAGAUGAAGAAGACCCCAGCCAAGAACUGGAGCUUUCUCAGGGAUUUCUCAACACGACGUGUUCAAAGGCAGCCGGUGAAGACCUGACAGAUGAAGACUAUGCAAACAUAAACUGGAAGAGCUCACAUUCAACAAACCAGGGCGGUACCAUCCGCAAACAGCACAACUAUCGUCGGAUGCGAUCCUGGUAUUGUUAACGCCCUUACGUUUUCCUCCCUGGAUCCUCACAACUCUAACUUGCGGCAAACAGUAAAGGUGAGAAGCAGGUUCUUGUACCUCCCCGUCCUCCGCUUCAAUCACCUGUUGAACAAAAGGAAGCGUGAAAAAGGAAUGAUUGAGGUUGAGAGCGCCAUCCCUGUGUUUGGAAGGGAUACGUACUAUGAGUACUUUCAAUGGAUGAACGAGGAGUCCCAGACACAGAUAGGAUCAAAGAAUUUGGAUGUGCUUCAAGAGUUCUACGAGCCCAGGUGGUACCUGAAAAAAAAUGGGACCUACGAAAGGCUCAACGAGCUACGUUCGACUACGCGGUACAGCGAGUGUUGAAGAUGCUCGGGGAAAAAGGAGUGCUUGUCGUCGGCCUAGGGUCCUUUGAAAGUAGUAAAGGAGUUCCCAGCAAGCACACUGCUAUAACGAGACACCUUGUCACACAGGU